UCUGAACCUCCGCGUCCUCACCUGUAUAGUGGGGACACAGCUGCGAGAACAGACGUGGAUCGCGGGGACCCUCCACGGCCUGCAGGCUCAAACAUAGCUAGCUGUGAAAGUCCUCGGUCCGCGGCCAGUAGCCUCCCGGGAGGAGCUUUCGCCGCUCCCUCAGGCGUGCUCACCUGGAGGUGGCUUCCGGCCUGUUUGGCGAACAAGCAGAGAUCUGAGGGUCUGAGCGCGCCUGGGCUCUUAACCAUGGGGCCCGAGGCUGGCUUUUGGAUAGAGAGGAACGAACUUGGAAACAGAAGGGGGACAUAGGGCCAGGCCUUUGGGGUCCGCAUGUUCCACCAGACUGCAGGUUCCCGGGAGCCGCGGAAGGUUGUGGAGCGAGGAAAUUUCCAGGACAGGGAUGAGAACUGCAGAGCCGAACAGGCCACAGAGCGGUGGGUCUAUCAGCUGCAGCCGGGUUGCAGCGUGGCCAAAGGGAGGAUGGAUCUGCGAUGCGCACGUGCGCCAGAGUUGGAGCUCGUUUGGCUGUGUCUGUGGUGUUGCUGUGGGCUACCCUCUGGAUACAGUGAAGGUCAGGAUCCAGACAGAGCCAAAGUACACAGGCAUCUGGCACUGUAUUCGGGACACGUAUCGCCAAGAGCGGGUGUGGGGCUUCUACCGGGGCCUCUCUCUGCCUGUGUGUACAGUGUCCCUGGUCUCGUCCGUGUCUUUUGGCACCUACCACCACUGCCUCUCGCACAUCUGCCGCUUCCGAUACGGCAGUGCUGAUGCCAAGCCCUCCAAAGCUGACAUUACGCUCUCGGGAUGUGCCUCUGGCCUUGUCCGUGUAUUCCUGACAUCGCCCACUGAGGUGGCUAAGGUUCGUCUGCAGACACAGACACAGAUGCAGCAGCGGCGGCGGCCCUCGGCAUCGUGGGCUUCAGCUUCUCCCACUGUGUGUCCUGUGCCCCCUGCAUGUCUGGUGCCUGCACCAAAGUACCGAGGGCCACUUCACUGUCUGGCUACUGUGGCCCGUGAGGAAGGACUUCGGGGUCUCUACAAGGGCAGCUCAGCACUGCUCCUUCGGGAAGGCCACUCCUUCGCCACCUACUUCCUCUCCUAUGCCAUCCUCUCUGAGUGGCUCACACCUGCCGGCCACAUCCAGCCAGAUGUUCUGGCUGUGCUGGUGGCCGGAGGCUGUGCAGGGGUCCUGGCCUGGGCUGUGGCCACCCCCAUGGAUGUGAUCAAGUCGCGCCUGCAGGCAGAUGGGCAGGGCAAGCAGCGCUACCGAGGCCUUCUGCACUGUGUGGUAGCCAGUGUGCGGGAGGAGGGGCCCAGGGUGCUCUUCAAGGGGCUGACGCUCAACUGCUGCCGUGCCUUCCCUGUCAACAUGGUAGUCUUCGUCGCCUACGAGGCUGUGCUGAGGCUCACCAGGGGCCUGCUCACGUAGCAGCCAGCAGUCAACUGCAAGCAGCUUCCAGAGGAGGUUGUAGCAGCUGGAGGAGGCAAAGGGCCAUCACAGGACAACAGGAUCCUCCCUGCAGUGACUUGGCUGGGGCCUGAGCUUGACCACAAGGUCAAGGGGCCGCCUCGCUAUCUGCCCAGAGUUGGCCCUAGGGUCACACGGGCCAGGGAGCCUCAGGGCCUCUUUUGUGAGGGCAUGUGUCACAUAGAGGCAUUUGUCAUUGGUCAACUGUUCAUUCCUGCUCCUACUGUCUCCUCUCUCCCAGUCUUCAGAGUCCCCAUCCAUCAGCCUUGUACCCUACUCAGCCUCCAGCUUCACACUGUCCCAUUAGAGGUAGGCUCUGCUGGUACCUCCCCACAUGCCGAGGGACACUGAGGCUGAGUUGUCUGGCUCCCAGCCUGGUUUGUUCACUGCCAGGACAACAUGGCCAUCUGGGCUUUGGUCCUGGUAGGGGCCAGGGCUACUGUCCUGCCAGCUGGGGAACUUGUGAGGUUUAGUGUCUACCUUCACUCUGACACAUGAAGACCUCUGAAGACUUGGUUGGGAGCUGUUGCCAAUAAAACGUUUCUAAGGAUGCUUGGUGGUGUUGCUCUGUGGUCUGUGAGGCUGCUGACCUGUUUCUUUGCUCACCAUAGGAGACACAGGCCUUGGCCCU